CUUCCAACGGUCGCAGCGCGAGACCAACGGUCGCGCAAGUGCGGGGGAGGGGAGCGGGACUGAUUUAGUCCGCUCGCCGCCUUGUUCCCUCAGUGUGUGUUUGUGUGAGGGAGGAGGAGGGAAACAAAAAAGUAAUAUUAAUACCGUCAGAAUGGUGAUGCUGAGGAGCGGCGCGUCCCUCAGCCUGGACUCCAGCUCCGAGUUUGUCGUCCUGGGCAAGAGCGAGAGCCCGCCGUCCACACCCCCGGCCCGGUACGGCAAACGGAGCCGAACCGAGGCGAGCUAUUUGUCUGAUGAUGUGAAAGAAAACCGCAACGGUAAUCUGUCCCCUGUUUUGAGAAGGAAAAGUCAGUUGCAAACUGACAUCUCCUUAGAUUCGAGCUGCAAUGAAAAGAGUGUGGAAGAGAUGCAUGACGAUAGGAUGGAAGUACGGCAUUUUACCAGGCAAUCGGUAAGACUUCAAAUCAACAAAAGUAAUGAUAAAGAAGCUCCACUCACCAGAACUCUUCGGAGUAACAGAGUUGAAAUGGAAGUGGAUGAAAGAGUACACGAAGGCACUGAUACAGAAGUGCGGCGCAGUUGUCGGCUCCGAAGAAAUCGAUACAACACGCUAAACCAAUCUGUUCUCUUUGAUAAAUUGAUAACAAACACUGCAGAAGCUGUUUUGCAGAAAAUGGAUGACAUGAAGAAACUGCGUCGUCAGAGAAUGAGAGAAUUGGAGAAUUUAAGAGAACUUAAUGAUACAGAAGAAGACGAAAAUCUGGAUAUGUAUUCGUGUGUGAGAAAGAGAACAGUUCAGACAAUAGAUGAAGAAACCACAGAAGAUCAUGAGGAUGGGAGUGGUGAAAUAUCUGAGGAAGAAGAGGCUGAAGAUAGAGAAGAUGAGGAUGGUGAGGAGGACACUCAAAAUCGCUACUAUUUACGUCAGAGGAAAGCUGUUGUGCAAUGCCAAGCUCCAGGUGAAGAACCCAAAAAAAAACGCACAAUGUUUUAUCGUGGCCCAGCUUCUCCUGUACGACGAAGAUUUCGAUUUGGUACUGCUGGCUCUUGCAGUCCUUACUGCAAGAGAAAAAUGACCAGGCGAAGGCAUGCAAUACACAGCAGUGAUUCUACCUCCUCUUCCUCAUCCUCUGAUGAGGAAGGGCAUUUUGAGAGAAGAAGAAACAAAACAAGGAACCAAGCACUUUUGAGAUGCCUUCCACUGAAUGUUAGGAAAGAUGACUUGAAAGGAAUUCGCAAAGAUCGGAUGAAAAUAGGUGCUAGCCUGGCAGAUGUGGAUCCAAUGCAAAUUGACACUUCAGUUCGUUUCAGUAAUGUGGGUGGACUUUCAAGCCAUAUUGCUGCACUGAAGGAGAUGGUGGUUUUUCCAUUGCUUUAUCCUGAAGUGUUUGAGAGAUUUAAGAUUCAGCCUCCAAGAGGCUGCUUAUUUUGUGGCCCUCCUGGAACAGGAAAGACCCUUGUUGCCAGAGCCCUGGCCAACGAGUGUAGUCAUGGAGACCGGAGGGUGUCCUUCUUCAUGCGAAAGGGUGCUGACUGCCUCAGUAAAUGGGUAGGAGAAUCUGAACGACAGCUACGCUUACUUUUUGAUCAGGCCUAUCUUAUGCGUCCUUCAAUUAUUUUCUUUGACGAAGUAGAUGGCUUAGCCCCUGUUCGUUCCAGCAGGCAGGAUCAGAUACACAGUUCUAUAGUUUCCACCUUGUUAGCACUGAUGGAUGGGCUGGAUAGCAGGGGUGAGAUUGUGGUAAUAGGAGCAACAAACAGACUGGAUUCAAUUGAUCCUGCUUUAAGACGACCGGGACGAUUUGACAGGGAAUUUCUUUUUGGCCUCCCAGACAAAGAUGCCCGUAAAGAGAUUCUAAAGAUCCAUACCAAGGAAUGGAAUCCAAAACCAUCGGAUGCAUUUCUCCAAGAACUGGCAGAAAAGUGUGUAGGUUACUGUGGCGCUGAUAUUAAGUCUGUCUGUGCUGAAGCAGCACUGUGUGCCUUGCGCCGCCGUUAUCCCCAGAUCUACGUCACGAGUGAGAAAUUGCAACUAGAUGUUUCUUCCAUCAGCAUAAAAGCACAAGAUUUUAUGAGGGCCAUGCAAAAGAUAGUACCUGCUUCUCAGCGGACUGUGGCUUCACCUGGACAAGUACUAUCAUUUGUUGUCCGACCGCUCCUAGAAAACACCUUCAAUAGAAUUCUAGAAGCAUUGAGAAAGAUUUUCCCACACGCAGAACAAGAUCUUAAAACAAAUGGCAGGACUGAUGGAAUAAGACUAAAUGAUGGCAUCUAUAGUGAUGAUGAAGGUCCAUCUAUUUUUGAAGAUGGAUCACUUCAAAAAUCACCUAGUAAGCAGGGGCAUAAUGGCUAUUUCCUCUGUUACAACAGGUGUGCCUAUCACCAACCAACUUCCUACAGACCAAGGCUACUGCUGGCUGGGAUACCAGGUUUAGGUCAGAGUUCACAUCUUGCCCCUGCACUGCUUCACAGUUUGGAGAAAUACAAGGUGCAUAUGCUAGACCUUCCAGUAUUGUAUGGUGUCAGUACUACAUCACCUGAAGAAACCUGUGCACAGCUGUUCCAAGAAGCUCGAAGAACAGCUCCAAGUAUACUGUAUAUUCCUCACAUUGAUCAGUGGUGGGAAUCAGUUGGAGACACCUUGAAAGCCACAUUUAUUACAUUGCUUCAAGACAUUCCCACAUUUACCCCAAUCUUGCUACUGGCAACAUGUGAUGUUCUGCAUGCUGACCUGGCAGAAGAGGUCAAAAAGAUGUUUGUUUGCCAUUACGGGGAAGUUUUCAAUGUUGAGCUUCCUAGGCAUGAAGAACGAAAGAAGUUCUUUGAAGACCUGAUAUUGAAUCAGGCUGCAAAACCCCCACCAUCCAAGAGAAAGGCUGUCCUUCAGGCUUUGGAGGUCCUUCCAGUAGCACCACCACCAGAACCACAACGUCUCUCCAAGGAAGAGGUGAAACGACUAGAAGAGGAGGAGGAAGGUACUCUACGGGAACUGAGACUUUUCCUCCGGGAUGUGACUCACAGGCUGGCAAAUGACAAGCGCUUCAGGGCAUUCACAAAGCCUGUUGAUACAGAGGAGGUUCCAGAUUAUUGCACUGUUAUCACACAACCAAUGGACCUUUCCACUAUGAUGUCAAACAUUGACCUACACAGAUACACGACUGUAAAGGCAUAUCUUCAAGACAUAGAACUGAUCUGCAAUAAUGCACUGGAGUACAAUCCUGAUAGAGAUCCUUCAGAUCGUAUGAUUAGACACCGAGCCUGUGCUUUGAAAGACACUGCCAAUGCAAUUAUGAAAUCAGAACUUGAUGAGGAAUUUGAAAAGCUCUGUGAAGAAAUUCAAGAAUCGCGAAAGAACAGAGGCUGCUAUUCUUCCAAAUUUGCACCCACAUUUUAUCACGUGCUAACAAAGAGCUCCACAGCAGAGAAUAAAAAGCCAAGUCUGGAACUUUCUGACCAAAAAGAUGAAGUGCCUUUACCAGUUGCUGCAAGCACACCUUCGGUUUCUAUAGCUCAAUCAAAGAAGAAACUUCGUAGAUCUAGUCGCUUGGACCGUGAUAUACAUACAAAUAAGCGCAAGAGGAUUUCACCAAAUACCCGAUGUGAGGAGGACGGUGAUAGUGAUGAUGCCACUGAAGGAAUAGAAAAUCACAAUGAUUCAAGUAUAGAUCAGACUGCCUACGAUGGCGAUUGCUCCAUGGAAACUCAGCAAGAGCAAUGUCUCUACAAUGCGUGCAUUAAAAAAACAUUGACUAAGGAGCUUAUUGAAGCGCAGUUUGAUGAUGCACUUAUGUCUACUGGUGUGAAUGUAUACAAGGGGAAGAUGCUUUCUAAAAACGAGGCAAAAUGGGAAGAGAGUGAACUGGGUAAAGGAGAUUCUGUUAAAAAUCAGCAGUUUGAGUCAAGUGAACACAAGGAAAGGAAGACGAAUAAAGCACAUCAUUCUGCAGAUAAAAACUCUAUGUUACGUAUGACUCGCAGCAGACAUUCCCAGGGGGAACAGCAGCAGCACAUUAAUGCUGAGAAAGCACUGGAGGUCCUUUCUGAACGCACCCCACCUGUAAUUGUAGACCAUGAAAGGCUGAAGAAUCUCUGGAAACAAGUUACUCAGAAAACUGAGGGAUUCACUGUACAUCAGCUUGAAAAAUUGUACGCAGCACUCAGUCAAUGCAUCUACCAUCAUCGUAAAGAGUUUGACAAGACUCUGCUAGUACAGGAAAUGGAGAAAGAAGUGAGGAAGUUAAGUCAAUCUUAAGCCUUUUGAUUGCAAAUAGAUUUUCCUUAUUGUGCAUGAGUUUCCAUCACUUGUUCAAGUUUUUUGUAUUUUGAAUGUUUGUAACAUAGAAUGUAAAACCAGCUUUUCCAAUGAGCAAUUCUUUUUUUUGAAUGUACAUAUAUUCUACCAGGAAAUGAGAAGUUUAUAGUUGGGCCAAGUUUUGCCAUAUCUUGAUAAAAGCCAUAUUUUAUAAUUUUAUGUAAAGAAUAAAGUAUCAAAUUUGUACCCAUUAUUAGACCUGUAGGAACUGCAAUAUUCUGUAUUCUUUGCAUGUUACAUUUGUCUGGUCAAACAUUUUGUUUAGAGCUUAUUUAUAUGUCCUCACUCAGCAUAGUGUUUUUCAGCACAGAAGGGAGACCAUUGGACAGUCAUGUCUGUGUUAACCUUAAGUGCCUCAUCCUCGCCUCCCUUUUGAAAUUAUUUAUGGAAUCAGACUAAAUGCUGAAAAUUAUUUUACACUUCAGUAUCAUCAAAACAAGUAAAUAAUGUAGAUAGUUUAGAAUUUUUUUUAUUCUGGAUUCUCACCAACUGAACAAGACAGCAAGCAAAAUUUCCAGCUUCUCAAACUAUUUACACGUCCUGCUAACUAUGCUAAUGUGGAGCAAAAUUUGUCAGAUCUGCUGUAAGACUAUCCACAACCUUUUUCUGUAGGGAAGGUCAAUUGGUGGCAUGAAUCAAACACCUUAAUUGGACUGUUGCAUUUCAACAGUUCAUUUAAUCACACUUUGUUAUGGUAAAGUGGUAGCCAUUUGCUAUUAACAGUAAAAGCCGAUUAAUGUAUUGAAAUUAGUUUAUUACACCUCAAACACAGGGACAUUUUCAACAUUAAAUGUAUUGUCUGAGCAUAAGUCACCACCAAUACAAAAGUAUCAAGCAGGAAGACAGUUGCAAUUAUGGACUAGUAAAAUUUAGAUACAGCUUCAAAAACACUGGUCUGUGAUAAAACAUUGUAAAACAACCUUUGGAUUAUCUGCUAUUUGUAAAUAUAACUUCAGAAACAUUGGGGGAAAAUGCUUUACAAGCUUCUCUACUGAAAAAAAAAGUUUGGGAUCCCUUUAUUAAAUAAACUCACCAAGUAAAACUAAAAAAAGUGUUGCAACAGAUUUGCAGUCGGAAUUUAAAUGACUUUGUGCUGUUACAGAAAAGUUUCCAAACUUUGUUCAGCAAAUCACAGCCCCAACCCCCUCAUAAUACUUCCCUCACUUGAGUUUAAGACUGAAUACAGCUGCAGAUUAUCAAUUGAAACAUUUAAUGUUUAUUACAUAUGCCACCAGAAAAUAGGAUGUUGAAAUUGUUAUAAAAUUACAUGACCUCUGAAAAGAACUAUCUGAUCACAUUCUCUCAAAACUAGAUGUUUUCUAGGAUUUUUGGCACUCACUACAUAAGAUUUUUAGAAACAAACAAGUACAAUGUGUCUGCACAUAAUUGCUAUUUAAAUUACAUCCCAGUUUGUGCAUUAUUUUAAAGUUUUGAAUUUUACUACUUAAAAAAUGACGACCUGGGGUUGUUUUUGCCUCUCCCAGGAAAUUAUAUGACCAAGUGUGUAGGAAUAAUGUCCUGGCCAAUUAAGUGUAGGGCAGGUUUAAUGGACCAGCUGGUUUCUCGCUGCCUUUCAUUUGUACUUAUGUACCUCACACUGUUGUGAUCUGCACCUCGCAUUUUCAUUUCCACAUCAAAGAACAUACUGGAACUGUCAUUAGUAGAAGCAAAUUAUUUUAGAUCAGCAGUGGCCAUAAUGUACAGUUCAGCAAGACUACCACAUUGAUCCUAAUCAAUCACUGGUUCAGCUUCAUCAAAUUCUUCUUUCAGGUGGUCCAGAAUAUGGUUUGCCAGCUGCUUGACAGGUGGUUCUUUCCAUUUACCAACUGUUUUUCAAAAAAUUGCAUGUUUUAUUGAAUUUCAAUGAAACACCAGCAUCUAGCUUAUAUGCUUGUCAACAAUGGAGAAUAGCCUAGUAUUCAUUGGUUGCUGAAGCAUUAGUUACUGAAGUGGAGGAAAAGUAUCACAACUCUGCAAAUAUUUUGUGAUGGUAGAAACUGGUAUUUUAUUCCAAACUGCUGAAAUCCAUUGUACUACACAAAGCUUCUUAAAUGCCUGUAAUAAAGAUUUGUUGAGCACAGCA